AUGAAAAUAUUUGUGCUUCUUUUUUUGAUUGGGUUUUUAGUGCGGGCAGAGACGAGCACUAGAACGCAGACACUUGUCCAAGUGAAUAACAAAACGAUAAUGACAACGAAUCCCGACAAAAUCCCACUUUGGAAACGGUUACAAAAAGAUGUGAUUGCCGAGCAACAAAAAGCACAGGACGUGAUUGAUAGUAUGACCGCCACCGAAAAACUCAAAAUAGCGAAAACCGAAGAAAUGGACAAAUUAGUGAAUGAACGUCUUGAGAAAAAUACUGAGUUGUUAGGGGAAGAGGCAAAACUCAAUGUGAGAACAUUACACAAAUUUGAUACCAACGAAACAUCUCAAAACAAAACGAAGAUUGAAAUCACUCAUAAUAGCACUUCAAUUCCAACGACUCUGCCAAUUGAUUUUGAUAUCCCCCAAUCUAUUCGAAAAGAUAAAACUAAACCAAUCAUUAAGAAAUUGUUUAAACACAAGAAGAUCAUCAAAAGGAUCGUCGAAUUGGAUCCGCUCGAGGAAAAAAUGAUCAAACAGAAGGCUCUCAGCUUAAUUAAGAAGACUUCGGAGUUCAUUAAUAACUAUGACGACGACGAGCUUUUGUAA